AUGCCAGCCCUCUCACUGAUCAACUUCAAUAUCGUCUGUGCCACUCUUGGAGGAUUUGUAUCACUUUUUGGCCUUGUGUCUUAUCUAUGCAAGGAGAAGUUUUAUCUCUCCGAAGCAUUAAUCUCUUUGCUAGCGGGUGUUGUCUUUUCUCCCCAUGCAGCCAAUUUCAUCAGACCGGGGGAUUACGCUUUGCACUCCGAAGCGAACCUCGAAGCUAUUACCUUGAACUUCACCCGCCUAGUAUUGGGCGUGCAACUAGUUCUAGCAGGUGUUCAGCUCCCAAAGCGCUAUCUCCAGAUCGAAUGGCGGAGCUUGUCUCUACUUCUCGGCCCCGGGAUGGUCGCGAUGUGGAUUUGUAGCAGUUUGAUUAUUUGGGCCAUGGUCCCGAACUUCAAGUUCCUUCAUGCCCUCAUUAUUGCAUCUUGUGUUACGCCGACUGAUCCCGUCCUUUCGAAUUCGAUUGUGAAGGGGAAGUUUGCCGAUAAACAUGUUCCGCGUCCACUGCAGCGGAUAAUUGUGGCGGAAUCCGGUGCUAAUGAUGGUCUGGGUUAUCCGUUUCUGUUCUUUGGUAUCUAUAUCCUUAAGUAUACUGGUAUGGGAGGUCAAGGAUACAGUGGUGGCGCUGGCAAGGCUAUGGGUCUAUGGUUCUAUGAGACUUGGGUAUAUACUAUUCUUUUGAGCAUUGUAUACGGAACAGUAGUCGGUUGGCUAUCGAGAAAGUUGCUGCAUUGGGCCGAAGAGAAGCAUUAUGUUGACAGGGAGAGCUUCUUGGUGUUUGCGAUUGCCCUUGCGCUCUUCAUCCUUGGUACUUGUGGACUCGUUGGCACCGAUGACCUUCUCGCAUGCUUUAUUGCCGGGAAUGUAUUCACGCAAGACGAUUGGUUCCGCCUUGAGACUAUAGAUGACUCUCUUCAGCCAACCAUCGAUAUGCUUCUCAACUUGUCCAUGUUCAUGUGGUUUGGUGCGGUCUGCCCAUGGAGAUCAUUCUUGGAUAAUGAUAUUAUUCCCAUCUAUCGACUCAUUUUCUUGGGUAUCCUCAUUCUACUGGUCCGUCGGAUGCCAAUAAUCUUUGCUCUGCAUAAAUAUAUCCACCAGAUCGAUCAUCUUUCACAUGCAGCCUUUGUGGGAUUCUUUGGCCCUAUUGGAGUUGGUGCUGUCUUCUAUCUAUCGAUCGCUCGAGAGUUUCUUCUGGAGAUCAAAGUCGAUGGUAAUGUGCGAGAGGAUGCACAACAAGUAGCAGAUGCUGCCUGGGUCGUGGUGUGGUUUUUGGUUAUCUGUAGUAUUGUCGUACAUGGAUUGUCUGUCCCCGUUGGCAAAGCCGGCUACAAUCUUCCUCGGACUCUCUCCACUGUCAUAACUACAAGUACUUUGGAAAGCGAGCCUAUGCCUAUCACAAACACCCGUCAUACUCAUAGCACUGCAACUCCAGUUGAGAACGAUGCCUCAAGCUUCCGCUCGCGUAGGCGCCGACACAACUCAUCGCCGACCCCGCCGUUGUUCCGUCUUGGUCGGUCGGUGAUCUCUUCGCCAUCGCCUUCUUUCCACCAGACGCAAACUGGUGUUGGGCAGACUGAUGAACCCGAGCGGCCUGUAAACUUGGUUCUUCACGAAUCUGUGAACAGUUUGGGUGAAAGGUAUGAUGAUUGA